AUGUUCAAGUACAGAGCCUAUGGAUGGCAGCCAUUUGCUCCUCCUGCUCCACAAGGUGCAGAAGAAAUCGACACUCAUGCCGAGAGUCCCUUCCUUCCUCUUUCUCUACCACUCGCCGCACCGGGUCUGCGAUACCAGUCUAUCCAGCAGAAAAUAAAACCAAACUCGGAAACCAGAUGUCAAUCGACUCCGGUCAAUCUGGGGAGUCAAUCGUCUCCCGCUCAAUCUGGGGAGCCAAUCGCUCUCGUUGCAUCUAAGAAGGCAACCCGAUCUAACGCAAUAAAGAAGCAUGUUCGUAUUGCUGCAGAGCACGACGGGGAGAAGGGUGGGCGUGUCCGAUACACGUUGCGAGUUGAGGAGGAAAGAGAUCUAAAGCACAUGGGCAUUUCCGAGCGUCAGAUGGCGGCGCUGAUGACAGGACCCUUUUCAAACCUUGGCAGAUCACCGAUAUCACGCUUGUGUGGUGCUGCCGCCCCCACGAUCGCUCUAAGAUACCUGGCCACUGUCAUUUUUAAGAACAUCAUCAUCUUUUCUCCAUACGUCAACUGCAUCUACCGCUUGAAGACCCAUUCAGCUCUCGGAGCGGAGGCCAGAGACAAGGUAUUCGCUGAUCUCUUCGGUUACGAAUCUACCACGACGCGGAUGAGGCGCGGAUCUGCGUCGCCGCCGAUCGGGACUCGCUUGUAUGCCCGGGAGGGAACGCCGGAUUGUGUUAUCGACGAGGACUUCGACGACUCAGAAACAUCUCGCUUGGGUUAUGGCCGCACUGAUGUCGCACAAUGGGACAUGUAUAGUUUGACUGUCAAUUGCAGUAGAGUGUUCAUUUUUGCGGGAGAAUUUUACUACCAGCGUCUACCAGUGCCGGAACUAUGGCCAGAUAUUCUCCACAAAUUCAAAGCCAAUGGCUUCAACGCAAUUAGUGUUUACUUCUUCUGGUCGUAUCAGUCCUCAUCCAAAGGUGUCUAUGACUUCGAGACCUCCGAGAAGAACGUUCAACUACUCUUCGACUACGCAAAAGAAGCCGGACUCUGGGUGAUUGCCAGACCUGGCCCAUUUAACAAUGCGGAAACAAACGGCGAGGGAUUCGCCCUCUGGGGAUCCGACGGAAGUUUUGGAACACUGCGGUCCAGCGACCCAGCAUGCUAUGAGGCGUGGCAGCCGUCGAGAACGAACUUUCACAGACUGUUCGCAGUCCGCAGUCCGGGUGAGACCUUGGUCAUCUACCUAUAUGGAACAGCUCAAAAGGCAUUCUGGGAUGCCGGCAUCACAGUACCGCUUACGCAAAACGAGAAGAGAAUGCGCGAACGAGGUUUCUAUGAUGAGUGUGCUUCAACGCAAGAUCUGCAGUUCGCCGAUGUUUUCUACAAAAACAACAUCGCGCAGGGAGUCACACUUCUGACUAUCUACAUGGCUUAUAGUGGAACCAAUUGGGGUCAUUCUUCAUUGGGUGAAACGAGACAGAUUCGGGAUACGUUCUCUGCCUCGAAGUUGGUCGGCCUCUUCACUCGGGUCUCCUCAGAGAUGCUCGCAAUGGACAUAGUCGGGAACGGAACCGGACAAGCUGCAUCCCGAAAUCCCGAGACUGGUACAAGAUUCUACACAACACAGCACGACACUUCCAGGUCCGGAGACUCGACGACCUUCUCUAUCAGCCUUAAUCCAUCUGCAGGUGUCGUUGUCGUCCCGAAUGUCAACUUGGAUGGUCGCCAAAGCAAGAUACUCGUCACGGACUACAGUUUCGGCCGCAGUACUCUUUUGUACUGUUCAACGGAUAUUUUAACUUACGGUAUCUGCGACGUCGACGUACUUGUUCUGUAUCUCAAAACCGGCCAGAUUGGCCAAUGUGCACUCAAAAACACUGAUGCUGGAGCUACCCACUCGGUCAUCGGGACUGCGGAAGUCGCAGUGACAUUGGCAAAUAGCACGACGACUACGUUCACCUUCAGUAGUGUACUGAUAUAUCUUGAGCAAAAAGAAGCUUGGAAGUUUUGGGCGCCAGCGACCACCAACCAUCCAGAUGUCAAGCCCAAUGAACAGAUCUUUGUUCUAUAG